AUGCAGGUGCGCUGGCCACGCAUUGCGGCCACCGCUGAAUGGCGGGAGUCCCUGCGGGCGGGCCUCCUCGUCCCUGCCGCCGACGCUGGGACCUGCGAGGCUGGGACGAGUGGCCAUGUCACUGCUGGUGAUGCUGGUAGCACCUACCCAUACAUCCGCGCGACGAACAAUGGUGAGGCAAAGGUGUCCGACAAGCAGGUCCAGGUCUCUGAGCGAGAGAUCAUUGACCAAUGCGACCUCGAGGCCAUGAGUCUGAGCGAUCCCCGGUUGGACGCGCUGAGGGCCGCCCGCGAGUCGAUGCUACAGCGCAGCCGUCGCCGCCUCCCUGCUCUGCUCGUCACGUUUGCGAUCGAGUUGAUGUACACCAACAACAUCCUCGCCGACCGGCCGCUCCUGAUCGCCUUUAUGCCCGUGAUCUCGGCCAUCAGCGGAAACAUCGGUCUCCAAUCCUCCGCCAUCAACGCCCGUGCAUUGGCACUGGGGCUAAUCAACCCGUCGGAGUGGAGAGGCGCCAUUUCGCACGAGUUGAAGGCCGGUCUCAUACUCGCUCUCGUCUGCGGCCUCCUUGUCGGCUUCGUGUCUGCCAACUUCCCAGACCCGUCGCACUGCCAGCGCUCGCCAGACUUCUUCUUCGGGUCGGCGGUGGGCUUUUCGAUGUUUUGCUCCAUGCUGGUCGCCUCGCUCAACGGCGCGGUGGCGCCGCUAAUUUUUGUGAGGCUCGGCUACGACCCGACCGCUCUCGCGGGCCCGCUCGAAACGGCCUUCCAGGACGUCUGCGGCAACAUCCUGUUCCUCUCGCUCGCGUCGUUUAUCCUGCGCUGGGACCACGGGGUGGCAGAGUGUGGAGGCGGGUGA